UUUCUCGAUCAGCACUUAGCUCAGCUGUCCGGCAUGGCCCAUUGUCACUGAGGAAUUCUCACUGGCAGCCGGACAUGUCACUGCAUUCGGCACGGGGGCUUCAUGAUGAUGGUUGCUUUCAGGAUGUCCUGGUGGCUGUUGGCUUGGCGAAGGAUGGCGCUCCGCGAAAGACGGGCUCAGGAACUCCCAUGCGCGGUUUGCGGCGCAUCAAGACGAGCGGUCCGCAGACGCACAAACUGCCCUUUGGAGUCAUGUGGAGUAUCACUUUGGUAACGGCCGUCACCAUGGCAGUGAUCAAUUUCUUCACUAUUUGGAUAAUCUCCUUUGCGGUGGAGUGGAAGUUCAGCACGCUCCAGCUCAUGGUCGACAAGUUUGGCGUAUGGUUUGCCAUUUUGGGGUUCACGGGGAUUUGCUCUUGCCUAGCGCUGUGUUGCACCCUCUUCAUCUUCACCUGCGCUCCUGCGGCUGGUGGCUCCGGAGCACCUGAGAACAAAGGAUUUCUCAACGGGAACGAAAUGCCAGAGCUAUUUACCUUGCAGAACCUCGUUGGGAGGGCCAUCGCCACGAUGCUGGCCAAUGUCACUGGUUACCCAGUAGGGCGCGAGGGGCCGACUGUCACCAUGGGAAGCAACUUAGCGUACUUGAUCACACACGUGGCUGCGCUGCCAUUUGUUCGUCAAUGGGUAGACGUUGACGCACCUGGCUCGGCCACUUCUGCCGCCACCAUGAUUGAUGAGGACCGGUUCGAGCAUGCCAAGCGCAUUGUUUGUACAGUUGGUGGGGCUUGCGGAAUGGCAAUGUUGUUUGACUCCCCAAUCGGCGGCAUUGUGUACAUGUUUGAGGAGAUCACUUCCUCCUCCUGGCCGGUUGAGGUAACAUUCCGGGCAUUUGCCGGCACUUCGGUGUGUGCGCUGGUAUCCCGAGCGCUUCUGAACAUGUGUGGUACCUCCACAAAGGCGUUUGUGAUCUACGAGUGGAACCCGCAGCCAACAGGGUGGAGCUGGCACGACGUUCCCUUCUUCAUGUUGCUGGCCUUGCUGAUGGGACCCUUCAGUGCCUUCCACACCAGGGCUUGCCUGGCUGUCGCCAGCGUCAGGCAGACGCUCAUGCAGCGCUUGUCCGCAUACCAGCCAUACAACAAGAUGGCGGAUGCGGUGCUUUAUGGCGGUCUUGUGGCGUUGACGUACUCGCUGGUGGCUUUGUUGGCCAACUGCAAACAUACCGCUCAAGAUGCGGCACAGUUUGUUCGCUACGAUUGCGAGGAGGGCAAGUACAAUCCGGUGGCGUCGCUUUUGCUGACAACAUCCGAGGGAGCAGUGAAGCGACUUUUUUCAAGGCAUGAUGCCAACGAGAUCCACUUCAGGAAUGAGCUGCUCGCCUUUGUGUCAUACACAGCUCUGAACAUCGGUCUCACAGGCGUGCCUGUUCCCUCAGGGAAUUUUACCGGCUCCAUGCUGAUAGGAGGGCUAGUUGGCCGCAUGAUGGGUGCUCUUGUGCGAGACUACGGGCCGGGAAUGGCCGUGUCCGGAGUCUAUGCAAUGGUUGGAAGUGCCUCGAUGCUGGCGGGCUUUAAGCAGAUGGCGGUGGCAGUUGUGGUUUUCAUCACAGGAGCAGCCAACGACCUUGGGCUGAUCCCUCCCCUAAUGCUGGCAGUCACCCUUUCGUUGCUCCUGAAUAAGCUGAUCAACGAAAGGGGCUUCGAUGAGGAGCAAAUCCUCAGGAAAGCGAUUCCUUUCCUGCCCCCGGAGCCACCACGCCUCAUGGACCGUGUGGUGGCCCUGGACCUGCGGGACGACCUGCCACCUGAAGCCGCGCUUCAGCCAGAGGCCGACUACAACGCGAUCCAGCUGGCCCUGCAGCAGGACAAGGUGGAUUGCUUUCCUGUGCUGAAAGACGGCUACUGCAUCGGCUUCACAACUCGAGCGCGACUGCAAGCUGCUCUUGAAGUCUGGCAGGCAUCAGGCUUCAUCAACACAGGGUCCAUCAACACUGGGGCGCCGCACAAAAAGGCUGUGUCUGAUGCUGGCGGCGAGCAGAUGGGCAAGCUGAUCUCUGCCACAGUCGCAAGGGAGUCCAGCUUCUCCGGAAACGUGCUGCCAGUCAAGCGUCUCACCGAACGAGCUCCGUACACCAUCCUGGAGGACAUGCCGGGGCCGCGGCUCUAUGCACUCUUUGCAAAGGCUGGUGCCAAAGCCGCGUGCGUCAUCUCAGAGAAGGGCGAGUUUCGAGGAAUGAUUUCCCGCAGGGGGCUCAUUGCAACGGCGCGGAGAUACGAGGAGGCGGCCGAUCAAGCCCAAUACGAUGACACAGUGGGGGAUGACGACGAAGAGCAAAGCUUGGUCAUUCCAGCUUGAGCGUCGAAAUGAACGCCUCGAGUGGUAGUUUCUCACCUUCGCUUUACGUCUCGGGUGGAGCCUGUAGUUUGAUUCCCCUGCAUGUCGUACAGCCCCCUUGAGGCCAGUUCCUUAGUCGCAUGCUGGAAUUGACUAGCUUUCCAGGAUGUCAAGGCAUCCCAGCUGAGACCGCGCAGAAGCUUGCAGAAACACAAAGACUUGAG